AUGCUGCGCAAUUUCGCCCACACUAAAACGCUACUCGACACACUUCGCGGCAUUCCCCCCUCUCCAAAAGUGGCUUGUCCCAUCAUCAUUACACCCAAAGGGAUCGCCUCCAAAACGCGAAGCCCAAAGCCCGUACGUACCAUCGGUACUGAGUACAGAGUUCUACUCGACAAACGCACCAUGUUUGGCUCGCCCUGGAGUGCAACAUCAUUAUUAGCCUUCCGGCGCGAAGCCCACCCACCAGCUCCGACACAGCUUGGACAGCUCCUCGAAAGCUUACGGCAGCAACGCUUGACCUGUAGGCUUUUCGAGUCCUUACGGCAGCAACCAGCACUCCAGCAGCAACUCGUGCAACCCCAGCCGGCCCGCAGCCGCAGACUGAGUCCAGCUGUCGAGCUUACAAGUCUGGACCCAUUGAGCCCAAUCCGGUAUACGGCUCCCAUUCCGCAGGGAAAUAGAGACAUUUGCCAUCCGGUGACACCCAAGGACGUCAAGGGAGCGGCAAGCUGCCGAAUUGACAGCACUCUGUUGCUCAGGGAGAUGCGACAUUGGACCGACGACCGGAAGUAAUGUGACUGUUGAUUGAUGGGGGAUGGCACUCGAGCCGGCCACUCGCCGAAACGGAUUCUGGGUACUUGAUUCAUGCAUACGCCCCAUGUACCGUCAUACGAGAUUGGCAUGUAUCGCUACUUAACCCAAGGUACCGUCAACUUGGUCCACCAAAUCCGAAAUCAGCUUGGGCAGAUGCUCCCAAUCACUCCCACGCGCAGCUCACGGUACACUCUGGACUCCCCAGCCUUCUUUUGGAUGUUGAUUUCCACGCCUUCUUACCUCUUCUCGUUCUCGUCGGAGAGAAAGCAUGCAACACGUGCGGGAACCCUUCAAGCUACUCGUUGACAAUAGAUGACACAAGCUGAAAUGCUGAUGCAUGGCCUCUUGGUGACCUUUCGGUAAUGGAACACCAGCUGAAGCGUCGACACCAACACCGACCGGUUGAAGACUGGAGAUACCACGGCAAUGCGACAACUCACGCCUCGCUUCUCUUACCACCGUCCUGAACAAAAGCUUCUCUACUACUCUCUUCAAACUCGAAAGGUUGAAGGCCGGGUUGCCGUUCGAAAUUGUCGAGUCGUCGGCCCCAGUACGAUAUCCAUCGCCCAGUAUCCGUAUGUGCGGCAGCAGGGCAGUGCAACGACAUGUUGGCGUCGAGCAAUUGUGGGAAUACUUGGUCAUGCGCACAGAAUGUGCGGGCGCGUCGUGUACCUCGAAACAACAUGCUAGGAGAUGCCUGCAAGACAGUCGGACACAGCUCCUCCCCGCACCAAUGCACUCAGGCACACAUUGCGCACCACCCAAUGCAGGCCUCGUCUGCAAGUUCACAAGCCGGCACGACGUUUAGCCAUGGGCCAGGCGGCGACCAGAUCAGCCGGACCCAGCUUGUGCCAGCAGUAGUAAUAAGGAGCAAGUAGUAGCAGCAGCAGCAGGCGUUUCCGCACCAUUCCAGACAGGUCGACGGGCCCAGCCAUUUUGCUUUUGCCCGCUUGUUCCCUGUUUGGCUGGGCUGGCGCUGGGAAGGAAGUGGUAAUGGGCUGGCGAACAAAGUGCGUGAAGUACCCACGACCUGUAGCGGAUACAUGGAGCCAGGCAGUUUUGCUGGUUAAGUCGCCUUUGCCUUGCUGAUACUGUGCUGUACCUGAUGCUCCCCGGCCAUUUUUGGCCCUCCUCCCUGACCACAGACUCUCUCACUCAUACACACACACACACACACACACACACCCCUCCCCUCC